UAAAAUAAUUUACUCGGUGAACGAUUCUUUCUUUGGGGUUUUAUAUUUUCGUUGUCAUUUAUCGAAUUCAAUAUGAAAUUUUUUGGGAAAUUUCCACAUUUCGGAUAAAUUCGAAAAUUUUCCGCGGAAUAUUCAGUGAAUCGUGUGCUCAAUCCGAUUCCGGGACUGGAAAAACAUUGUUCACGGUGUGAAUUUUUCGUUUGGAAAAAUUUCUUGUCCGACAGAAAGAGAAAUUGACCAGAAACACACAGUUACGAUCCGUGAACGCCUUGAAUAUAUAUACCAGGAGAAAAUAAAAAUUUUGUAUGCAUAAGGAAAAAGUCUAAAUAGAAUUCCAAAGUUGUUGUUUGUAACGCCUAAAUCGUCGUUUGUUUUUUUUUAAAUUUUCACAUCAAUUAGAAGAAAAAAAAUUAAAUUAUUUAUAUUUGUGUGUGAGUGAUAUAGUGAAAAUAAAACAUCCUUAUGAUUGGAUCAUUUUGGAAUUUGUGUAGAGCGUGCCCAUCGAUGCCUGAAGACAAGCUCCAUUCGGAAUACCGUAGUACUUAUCGUUGGCAUGAGUAUACAGGUAACAAUCGAGCGGAAGUCAUUAAAAAGCCGCCAGCAACUAAUCAAUUUGCCAGCUCUGCAGAUCAUUUUUUCUCCAAGUCGACGGAGGAAGAGCGUCAUGUUGAAGGUGUAAUCAACGAACCUCCAUUGCCAAGACGUAAAAAGUGUCCUGAAUUAGCAUAUAGAACUCAUGAAUUCAUAACUGGUGAGACAAGAACCAAAAAUGAUAUAAACGCCAGCACGUAUAGCGGCCGGGCAAGGUCGGAAGAGCGAGGAGGAACACCGUCACGAAGAAGUAAGUCAGAAGGUCCCUAUCGAAUUCCGAAUGGUGAAGCUUAUCCCAUUGGCGAUACGGUGGAUAAGCCAAAUGGUCAUCCGAAAACAGGAAGUAAGGCGGGUGAGUCUAACGGACUUUUCAGAAAAACAAUAUCAAAAUUGAGCACAGAAUAUCGAAUACAAUUCAUUUGGCCGCACACGCGAAAAGAUCGAAAGAGAGGCGAUGACGAAAUCGAUAUUCCGAAAAAAUCCUUAUCAAUGGGUGCUAUUAAGGCAGCACACUCAAAUGCGAUGCCUACCGUACAUAAAAAGCGAACAAUCUACGAAAAAGAAGCAUCCACGCAAGAGCUGGAACCGUUGUGUCCCGAAGAGAAACCCGAAAAGAAAAGCGAAUUUCCAGCCAAGAAAUCGGUACGACCAUUUUCGCAGUAUGCAUACGAUACCAAGUUUAAGCAUGGCCGUACCGAAAAGGAGAACUUUGGCUUUGCUGGCGACGAUGAAAAUAAAAUUGAUAACAAGACUUUAUUCAAUGGUGGACACGUAGCACAAACAUGGUACCGUGAUGUGGUUGAAUUGCGUAAAAAAGCGGAAGAGUAUAAGAAUCGUGGCUGGGGUACCGAAAUCAAUCCAGAUCUUUAUAAAAAGCAAAAAGAUUUAUGGGAUCAGGUCUCGCGCCGUAGCUCCUUAUCGGCACUAUCGUUGGCAUCUGCCGUACAUAAACCAAUCACCAAGGAAGAAAAGGAAGCGGCCAACAACAAGAAUGUUUCGGCCAAAUCACCCAUCAAAAAUGUUUCGGUCAAAAAUGUGAGCCAAAUUCAUUUCAUUGACAAUAAAUUGAUUCACGAUGCCGCAAUACCAGCUCGUGCUCUUUAUAUUCGUCAUCAUUUGGGACGCACCACCGGAUUGGACAUGGAGGAUGGUGCACUUUUGCCAUCACCAACACGCGAUAAGCUUAUGCCAACAAUUCCAAAAUCAAAAGAUGAUGAAAGCUACAAUUCGCAACGCGGCAGCCCGAAAAAGAGUGCUAUAUCGCGUCAUGGAAGCCCACAAAAAGGAUCGCCCCAGAAGAUGCAGAAGAAGACAAUAAAACAAACAGAUCGAUCGCAAUCGGUUGGGCCCAAUGUCGAUGGUUCUCCAAAGCGACAGGUUCGAUCAAGUAGCGCUGCACCAGCCACCACUGCUAGCACCAAAGUAGCCAAGAAAACUCCCAUUUCUACACCAACAAUAGUGGAACGACGCCCUCGACCAACAACCCUUUCCACAUCCAAUCAUUAUCGCUCUAAAAGUAGUUCCCUACCGCCUACCGGUAGAGCUCAUUCAACUACUCCUGGCUCUCAUCAAACUCAAAAUUUUGCGCCAAACAAUACACAAAAACUCUCAUCACCAUCCCAAAACACAAUACCCGUUGAUCCAUCAAAUCCCAAUCAGAGAAUCCCCUCAAAAACCACAAAACAGAGACCUCAAUCGGCUAUUGUGAUGGGUACAUUCGACCCAAUGACUGCAUCGACUAUUAUAUUUAACGAUUCACAAAAGGUCACAAAUCAGGACAAGAAAACUGCGAGAAAUGAAGAUGACACGGAUAAAGAUGGCGUUACAUCUCUAUCAAGUGCCAGUCCAAUUCCAGCUCACGAAAUUUACGAACAUAUAGUUAAAUCUCCGCCAGAGCCGACUCGCGUUAAAUCGCCUGAACAAAUUCUAAUGCGUUCACCAGAUCCAGUGAACUGGGUGGUUCCCUUGGAUACUGGCAAAACGUUUACUGUUACACAAAACAUUCGCAACGGCGAUCCAAUUGCACGACCACAAAGUGAAUUCAAAGUCUCAACACCGGUCGAUAAGCCACCAUCGGCUCCGUUUUCAGCACCACCAAAUGUUAUUGAACAAGCUAAAAUGGAAGCAUGGAAAAAUGAAAAGCUUGAGGAAACACUUCCGAUAAAAGAGCCAGCGCAUACGACAAGCAUUAUAUCGGCUGCGCCGUAUGACAAACCAAUACCAGGCUCGACAUUACGUCGUUUGGACGAUCCAGUAUUCGAUACAGCACUAGAUGUUACGGCGGCAACACUUAAAGAACGCCCUGCCGCUACCGACGAUCUUAAUGAAGCCCGUGACCGCUUCGAUCGCUUCUGGGGUUGCAACAAAGACAAAGAAGAGGAGAAAAUCUAAAUUCCAUAACGUGCAACACACAAACAGGGUAGAUGAGAUAAACGAAAAGAAAAAUAAACAAACAUAACUAUGCGACGUUGUUGAAUUUAUAUCAUCACGUAUUCAAUGCUAUAAUAAUUUAAACAAACCAAAAAAAAAACAAUUAAAGCAGCUAAACAUACAAAGCAAACAAGAAAUGAUAUUCGUAGCGGUGAACGUUUAGACAAUGAAACAAGCCACAACAUAAAUAAUUAUGGACAGUUUCACACUUGAUAUUUUGAUGUAUGUUCAAAGCGAUCGCCAUUGCCACGGCCGAUGCAAAUGAGAUGGCUUAAUACAAAAUACCAAAACCAAAAUCAUCAUCAGCUCGGGAUUUGCAUUCCAUAUAGCCAUAUGCAAUAAGAACUCUUCGAACAUUUGGGCGAAUAAGAUCUUGAGCACUGUUGGUGCUUCAUCCAUACGUUUGGUUUUUGUUUUCACCAACAAGAUCAAAAGCGAUCCGAUUUCGUUCAAUCGUUAUCAUUUUUUUUUUCAACGAGUUUUCACUUCACGUGUGUUGAGAGAUUUUGUGAUUUUGAUACUUUUUUUCCACAAUAGUUUUUUUUACGUUUGAUUCAACAGUGUUGUUAUAUUUAUAAAAUGACAUAAAUGCCAAUAACUGCUGCUUCCGUAAACGUAUAAGAAUUUAUAACGGAAUACUAUAGGAGUGUGAAUUCUUCUUGAUUAUAUUUCAUUUUCAAUUUGCCUCUCACAUACAAAAUACUCAAAUGAAUUUAGCAAUGACAUUUGCUUUGAACUCAUACUUUUUUUUCACCCACACGCUGGCAAUGUUGCAAUUCAAAUGCCAAAUCGCUUGAUGUAUGGUCAUAUCAUAAUCGCUUUCAAAUACAAGACACACACAAAAAACAUAUACGUGCUUUAUUUUUAGACGAAUAUAAUCCAAAGUGUUUUGUCUUUCGUUGCAUUGUCAAUUUUAUGUGUUUAAUAUGAAUUUAUGCACGGUUAAUCAUCUUCGAUCACCAUUUAUGGCUUCAACGAUUUAUUAAAAUUUAAAAUAAAAAUAAAAUACAUAACAAAAGAACAAAAAAAGCAACAACAACAACACUGGAUUCCGGCUUGCCGUCCAAUCUGCACACGCAAACCACUCACGAUAACAAUACACAAUUGUGAAUUUGGCAUAGUCUCAAAGUAAAAUUAUUUAACAAGCAUGUUAAUCUCUCAAAAUGUCCGAUAGAUUCAAAGAAAACCAAUUUUAUCAAGCUAAACCGUGUUUAGAUACAAAAACCGAUACAGAUGCUAAAGACUAUAAUUAGAUUAUCAUCGCCGUCUCACUUAUAUUCAGCUUUUUUGAAUACUUUACUCAAGAGGAUAAAUGUAGUUAUUUUCCAUACGAUUUUUUUUCGGUCAUACAUUGAAACAAUCGUCCGAGAAACACUGUCACUGUGCUGUGACAGGAAGGAAAUUAGCCAAAAUAAGAAGGAAGAGUGCGAGAAAAGGGAAAAACACACAGAGUGUGAAACACCGAAUGCGAAUCAUUUUUUGCGUUUAGAGAGAAACAUAAUGUUUAACAAGCUUUCCAAUUAACGAACAAAACAAACAACAACAACAACAACAACAACAACAACAAAAAUGACAUUAAAUCAUGGGCAUUCACACAGAAAAUCCAUUCCAUUUUUAUAUGGUAGAUAAACUAAGAAUUAUAUUACCGUAAGCAUAGGGAACACGAAUAGACAGACGACGACAAAUUUCGUUCAAAUCAUAAACCAAGUUUCAACAACAAAUGUGUAGCGAACAGAAACCAAAGAUCAGAUAACAAAAUCGAGUCCAUUCAAUUAAAUUCGAACACUAUGUUAAAUCGUAUUUUUCUCUAGAAUGCUUUUUGUAAGAUCGUACAAGUUUUCUUUUUCCAAAGAGCCAUCUUUGAAUUAAAUAACAAAUAAUUAAACAACAACAGAAACCUAGCAGCAGCCACUAGUUGCAAUUACUGAACACGAUAUACAAUUUCACAGUAUUUGCGCUAGUGAUUAAACGUUUCAUUGCCACCAAAA